AUGAAAGCCUUUCUGGUGAUUCUACUCCUCCUUGCUGUUGAUGUGAUGUCGAACAACCAAGGAACCGAAAAUGUUCCGGAUUUUAAUCUAAUGAUGAGGAAGGCUAUUGAUCCAAAAAAACAAAAAUUUCUCCCCUUCCUUGGUCUAGCAAUGGUCGGCAGUGCGGUCGGAAUGGGUCUAUUGAAUCUCUGGAGAGGUUAA